AUUAAUGUUUGUCUUCUCACCUUGUAUUCUAGAUAUUUACACAGACCACGAGGUUAUUCUCAGCAUUUAUGAUUUUCCUCAUAUAAUAAUGACGUAAUUCUACUCAGUCCAAUUCAAACAUUGAUACUAGAACGUCCUCAGUGUGGUUUUAAAUAAACAUGCAAAAAACAUUCAUAUUAAAAUGAGGUGGUUUAUUCCUCUGGCGGUGUUAGUGGUGUGUGUAAAUGUGUUUGAAGCGAAAGACUUUGUUUUGGGAACCCGGUCCAAUAAUCUGCUGAUUUCCACGGAAAAGAUUGUGUAUAGAAGAAUACCACUUAUCAAAAGAGAUAAGGAAUACACCUAUACGGAUACGAAAGAUAGGAUCAUCAAGGCGGUGAUCGCCCGCGACCUGGCGCGUACUGGCGGGGAAGUGUCGCUCGUGUCGGGCGGCCUCGGCAACACGUCCGUGACAUUACACUUCGAGAGCGAGCGCGGGGUCGGGCUCAACUACCUAGUCCUAAUAUUUACUAAUAAAGCUGAUACGAAGAGAUAAGUUUUGCGUUUUUUUAUGUGUUAAGAAGAAGACUGAAAAGGCAAAAUUUAGGACAUUGAAAGAAACUUCAUCUAAGAGCUUUAAGUUUAACACAUUCGAUUUGCAACGCUGUGUAAACACUGCCUACACGGCGUGUUGCGACUUAUCACGUGAGUAAAAUAAAUAUAGGUUAGAAAAGAAGUGGGUGGCUCGUUUGUGAGCCACCUCUGACUACCCAUUCGGGGAUAAUAUAGUCCUGUAACUUAUUAUGUGUACGUAUGUAUCCACAAUAAACCACGGUUUUUCAA